AUGCUGAUUUCCAACAAUUCAUAUGUGCCUCCUCAAUCUUUCAUCCUUAAUGGAAUUCCUGGUCUGGAAGUAGUACACGUGUGGAUCUCACUUCCACUCUGCACAAUGUAUGUCAUCUCCCUCAUGGGCAACCUUGGCCUUGUAUACCUCAUUUAUUAUGAGGAGUCUUUACACCGCCCAAUGUAUUUUUUUCUGGCCAUGCUGUCACUCAUUGACCUACUUACCUGCACAACCACUCUCCCCAAUGCACUCUGCAUCUUCUGGCUUAAUCUCAAGGAAAUUGAAUUCAAUGCUUGCUUAGUCCAGAUGUUCUUUGUCCAUGGGUUCACAGGUGUGGAGUCUGGGGUGCUCAUGCUCAUGGCUCUGGACCGCUAUGUGGCCAUCUGCUACCCACUACGUUAUGCUGCUAUACUCACUAACCCUAUCAUUGCCAAAGCUGGGCUUGCCACCUUCUUGAGAGGUAUGUUGCUGAUGAUUCCUUUUCCAUUCUUGGUCAAGCGUUUGCCCUUCUGCCAAAGCAAUAUCAUCACCCAUACAUAUUGUGACCACAUGUCUGUGGUGAAGUUGUCCUGUGCCAGCAUCAAGGUCAAUGUCAUCUAUGGGCUGAUGGUUGCACUUCUGAUUGGAGUGUUUGACAUUUGUUGUAUAUCUGUGUCUUAUACUAUGAUCCUGCGGGCAGUGGUCCACCUCUCAUCAUCAGAUGCUCGGCAGAAGGCCUUCAGCACCUGCACUGCUCAUAUAUCUGCCAUCAUCAUCACCUAUGUCCCAGCAUUUUUUACUUUUUUUACCCACCGUUUUGGGGGUCACACCAUUCCCGCUUCUCUUCACAUCAUUGUGGCUAAUCUUUACCUUCUUCUUCCACCAACUCUAAACCCUAUUGUUUAUGGGGUAAAGACAAAACAGAUCCAAGACAGUGUCAUAAAAUUCUUCCAGAGUGAAAAAGGCAGGAGUUGA